AUGCUUGCAUUUAUUUGUGUAGUUGCAGCUUUGCUAGCAUGUUCCGAUGCUGCAAAAUUAUCGGAACAGCAGAGGAAAGGACUUCAAAGGAAGAAUACCAAUAACGCUUGGUUGCUGUUUACGGCUAAACAUAAAUAUUACCUUCUGUAUCGUUCCGUAGAAAACGAUACUGCAUAUGGAGGAUUCAAACCGUGUGUUGAAAUAUCAUUAAAAAUGUGUUGGGACCGCAGUCUGGAGCUCUGGUACAAUUUCAAUUAUCAAGAUAUCUAUACAAGUCACUUGUACCCCCAAAUGUGGAUCUUCAUGAUUGAUAAAUCUGGCAAACAAAAAGACUUAGUGAGGAUGCGCUUCGAUUAUUAUGAAGGGUACAAGGAAUAUCAGCUGCUUUUUACCGAUUAUCAAACAUGCUUUACCUUAAUGGGGCUCCGUGACAAAGCUUUGCAGGUGUGGAUAAUUGGAAAGACGAAUGUAACAGAUGUAAACGAGAUUUGCCAUUCUACUUACAACGAAAAAGUGAAAGAGACUGGUGGCCUUACAGAUAUUCCAAAAUAUUAUAUCUACAAUGAAACAACGUGCGGUAAAAGAAAGUAA